UCACCAGACAUCAGUGACAACCAGUGCCCUAGUUUCUCUCAGUCUGAGUCUGGCAGUUAUAAGCUAAGACAUGUUUUCCCGUCUUCGCAAGCGUUUUGGGAGGGGGAACGUCGAUUGUGGACAGACUAGAGUGAAGGAAUCUGGCCUUUCGUCUCAAAGUAAUGAUGGACAGAGACAGCACUUCUGGGGAAUAUUUAAUGCUAGGAGAGAAACAUCUUCCCCUGAAACUGCCCCAAGUGAGAAUCAGGCCAAGAAGGAAAAAGAGAGGCUGAUUAAAGAGCUGCAGCUCAUUACCGAGGAGAGAAAUGACCUGAGAGAUCGCCUGAGGUUUCUGACAGAGAGAUCCAAAAACAACAGGCCACACUUCAGGCCAAAUCCAUAUUAUGAAGACCUGGAGAGAAUGGAGGAGGCGGUCAUGUCAAUUCUGCACAACUUAGAGAUGGAGAACACUGAGAUCCAUGAGAACAACCAUAAGCUGAAGAAGGAGAUUACCUUCUCUAGGUAAGUCCUGGUCAGAAAGGCUGUCACCUGUGGAAUGGCCAUUUCUGAUUUCUUUGUUCUGGAUUGGACGGUCUUCAGCUCUGGUUCUAUCUCUUGUGCUGUUUACACAUCAAUGUGCCAGGGUCAUCAGGACUCAGUUUUCAGUUCCAUAAAAGUCUGUUACUCAUCCCAGGAUUGUCUAGGCAUCUUCAGAAGGCUCUAGAUAGAACAGCACUGAUUGAAGUCAGCAGAACGUUAUUAGGCUGACCUGGGCCUCUGGGGUCAUACAAGGUUUUACAACACUCAGUGCGUGGACCACAUGGUUAGCAUGACCUUCUCUUGGUUCUACUGACCUCUUUUGCGGGUGUUUGCCAACUACUAAUUGAUGUUGCCCCAUGCAUUGGGCUUUCAUGGAUAGAUGUAGAUCUGUGUUCUUUUUGAGAGAUGUGGACAAUAAUUGGUGCUUGAGCCAAGCAAACAAUUUAUUCUUCCCUGAAUUAACUCUUUGUGGUUUGUGCAGCAGCAUUAUAUGUAUCAAGAUGCAUUUUAUUAAGUCUUCAUGGGUAUCUGGGACCUGGUAGAGUUAGUGGUACUUGGGAGUAGGAAUGGGAGAAAAGGGCAGCAUGAUCUUACUAUGCAGACUGUAUUUCCAGAAACCUGCUCAGCCAGCUCCUGAUGGAGAACACAUGCAGGAAGAAGUUGGUCCCACGGAAGCAGGGGAGCAAGGAGGGACAUCUUGAGUGUGCACUGAACCAGAAAUAUUUGGUUGACUUCAACAAGAAAGAUAAAGACCAGCAACCUCCAGACCCAGCAUCAUCUGGUAGGGACAAGCAGCUGUGUUAGCUUAACAAUAUCUGAUAAAGUUUGCCAAUUUGAUACAUCUUUGCUCUCUCCUACCACCUUUCUAAUUUACACUCACAACCAGCCAACCACCUCAUGUAAUGGAAUUGUUCAUUGCUCUGUCUAUGCACAAGUAUUCUGGGAAGUCAACCACUUUUCAGAAACUGAAUUAUUUUGCAAGUAUAUUUUGCUGCUCUUUUUGAAGCUGCAUUAUAGAAAUGGUGACAGAUCAAUAACAUAUCACAUUAUUGCACAUGCACGUGAUAGAUUGGAUGCUAUGUAGAGUUUUGAAGAAGUUCUUGGUUCUUGACAAAUGACAAGUGGUCAUGUGACUUCUUGUGUAGGAAGCACCUUUCCGGGAUAAGAACCAAGUGCAAAUGUCAAAUUAGUACUUCUCAUUGGCUUUAACCUUGGUGACAUAUGGACAUCUCCUUUCUUCCUGCAACCCAAUGAGGUCCCUUCCAUUGCCCUGUACUUGGUUUGCACUGGUAUAAGUCUGGGUCCCAUGUUGGCAGCCCACAUUACUGUGAGGCUUGCUGGAGAUUUUGCCCUGCCCACAGAGUUAGCAACAGUAAUAUCACUUAAAAGGUCCAUGUCGACUGUCCAAUAGAACUGAGGUGGCAGAAGGCAGCAUUCUGACAGCUGGCUUGUGUUUCACCACCAAAUCAGUGUCUGAAAAACUGCCUUCCUCUCCCAGGUCUCAGAAAGUGCAAGAGAGCUGGAAUUGGACACACAGCAGUAAGAGAGCUUCCUGAAGAAUAAGUUGCUUUCUCAGGAGUCCCUGAUGACAAACAUCCUGAACGAAAACACCACUUGAGAGACAACUUGGGGGACCACCUUUCAUUAUGUGUGCUAGAGGAGAAACAGCAAUACAUCUGUGCUUCUAAAUGUUCGUUAAGAAUGUGCUGUUUAGAAAUAUUUUUGUUAUGAUUUUAAUUGAAGUUUUCUUUUUGUUGUUUCAUAUUAAUAUGUUCUUGUUACUGUUUUUCACUUUCCAAUAUUUUUAAAUAUUUUUAUUCAUUCAUUUUAAUCCUGUUUUGUUGUAAAAAUGUAUUCAUUAUGAAUAAAUAUUGAUUUCUAUCUCUUGACUCUUAAGACCAUCAUUCUUAUUCAAGGGUUCUGUCCCCUCCUGAGGGCUUAGAACUGACAGCUAGAGAUGGAUCUCUGCAUGUUCCAUGGAGCCUGGGCUAAUAAGUGAAUUCAGAGUCACCAAGGGAUACU